AUGGGUGAUAAUAGUGGCGGUAGAGAGAAUAAUUUGCAACAAAAAGAUGCACUUAGUUUAACAAAGGGAGCAAUAACAAGAAGUUUUUCAGUGGAUUCCGCAUUCUUAUCAAGAUCCGAAGUAAACAAAAUUAUUGGUUUUGAAGGUAAUAAACAUCAUACUCAUGUGAUAAAAAAUUCCGAUAAAAUUAUUUCCGAGGCCAGUGACGACGACAUAACUAAGAAAAAUAUUUCAUUAGAAAAUACCAAUAAUGAUUAUGCGGAAGUUUUUCAUCCAAAAAUGGUAAUGGAAAGAACACCUCCGAAAAAUACCAUUACUGAUGACUUCAGUAGAUUAAAAAGACAAAGAUCCGAAACAAGCCCAUCCGCAUUUCAAGAUCGCAAAAAAAUACCUAAACAUACAGACAACUUUCAAAAUGAAACCCAGUUGAAAGACAACGAAAAUCCCAAAGACAUUCAACAAUCAGGACAAGCUGGUAGAUCCUCGCCAACACCGGAGGAAAGCUCAGAUAUGCUCAAGAAGAAAAGGAAACGAGAUGGAAACAAUGGAAAAGGACCCCACAAAAGGAAAGAAAGCUCAGAGCACUUUCAACUCAGGGAAGCGUUAGAUACGAUUCUUGACCUAAAAGCAUCACUAGAGGGCCUAAUAGAACAAGACACGAAGAAGGGUAUCAAAGACCUAUCGAAGAAAUUGAGCAAACAGGCUAAGAUCAUCAGUGACCCCCAGAUUAAAGGUUGGCUGGAAAGUCACAAAUUCGAGGAGGGAAUGGAGGAUAUGCCCAUCGAAACUGAAGGUCAAACAAACCUCUAA